CGACCGUAGUUUUCUGGCGCUGGCUGGCGAGAGCAGCUGUUUCCAGGCUGGAGUUGCGGGCUGGAAGUUCAGUCUCGUUGCGACCGUCGGCGAGGUCGUGUCGCAGCCAGCCGUUUUUGCGGCCGCGCUACGAAGCCUUCCCGCCACGUGCACCUCUCACCAUCCUCUCUUCCUCUCGUCACGCGCCCUCGGUCCCCGCGGACCAACAGUCUCGGAACCGGCUCCCGGCUACGCUCGCAUCCGCGGAGGGUACACGCGGCCUCGCUUCUGCCGCUUUUCGUGGGCGGCCAGGGAAGAAGCGACUUCUCUUCCGGAAGACACCAGCCGCGUCCUCAGCAUCCUCUAGACACGCAACGCGGCAGCAGCAGCCAUGAUAUGACACUCGAUUGAGAGGAAGAGAGCCUGCAACCGACGACCAUCAUCCCACCAUGAGGAAGUUACUACAGUUUUUGGCGUUGCUAUUGUUGAGUGUCAAUGCCAGGCGUACGGACGCGGGCGUUCCUGCGGACGACACGUACGGCGGUGGCGGCGGUCAGCGUCGCGGUGGUUCCCUUCACAAGCCUAAUUACAACGGGAACAACAAUUACAACUCGCAGUCGAACAACUCGCCGUAUCUGCCCUAUCAGCAGCCCAGAGAAAGGAAGCCGAACAUCGUGCUGAUAUUGACGGACGAUCAGGACGUCGAAUUGGGUUCGCUGAACUUCAUGCCGCGGACCCUGAGGCGGAUAAGGGACGAGGGAGCCGAGCUGAGACACGCAUACGUGACCACUCCCAUGUGUUGCCCGAGCAGGAGCUCGUUGCUGACCGGCCGUUACGUUCACAAUCACGAGGUCUUCACGAACAGCGACAACUGCAGCAGCCCCCAGUGGCAACGGGACUACGAGCCCCACUCGUUCGCCACUUACCUGAGCAACGCGGGAUAUCGCACCGGGUACUUCGGCAAGUAUCUGAACAAGUACAACGGUCUGUACAUACCGCCCGGAUGGCGGGAGUGGGGCGGCCUCAUAAUGAAUUCACGGUACUACAACUACAGCGUGAACAUGAACGGGAAGAAGAUAAAGCACGGCUUCGAGUACAGCAAGGACUAUUAUCCGGACCUGAUAGCGAACGACAGCGUGGCUUUUCUCAGACAGAGCAAACACAAUUUCGCCCGGAAGCCGGUGAUGCUCGUCGCGAGUUUCCCGGCGCCGCACGGAACGGAGGACUCCGCACCCCAGUACUCCCAUCUCUUCUUCAACGUCACCACUCACCAUACACCCGCCUACGACUACGCCCCGAACCCGGAUAAACAAUGGAUCCUACAAGUGACGCAGAAGAUGCAGCCGAUCCACAAACAGUUCACGGACCUGCUGAUGACCAAGAGACUGCAGACGCUGCAGAGCGUGGACGACGCGGUGGACAGGAUCUACCAAGAACUGAAAGACCUGGGCGAGCUGGACAACACGUACAUAAUAUACACGUCGGACCACGGCUACCAUUUGGGCCAGUUCGGCCUGAUCAAAGGGAAGAGCUUCCCGUUCGAGUUCGACGUCAGGGUGCCGUUCUUGAUCAGGGGACCUGGAAUCGAGCCCGGCACCAUCGUAGACGACAUAGUUUUGAACAUCGACUUGGCGCCGACGUUCCUGGACAUAGCCGGCGUCGAGACGCCGCCGCAGAUGGACGGUCGUUCUUUCAAGAAACUUUUCCAGAACAAACACGGGAGAAGAUCGAAAUUCAAAUGGCCAGACACGUUCCUGAUCGAAUCGUCCGGGCGCCGGGAAACGCCGGAAUCGAUCGCCGAAGCAAAGGCGAGGGAGGCGAGGAGGCAUAACGCGACGAUCGCGAGACAGCACACGACACCGGAAGAGGAGGACGAGAUCGCGGGCGAUCCGGAUGCGGAGCAUGAUCCGGAGCAUCCACGAUUCCUGGACAACGACACGGGCAGCGACCAGGACAUCUCCGAGGAUGAUGAUCUCGAGGACUCUAUCAUCGACGAUUCCAAUGUCGAUCCUCAUCUGGACAAUAGAGUGCAUCCGGUGCACCCGAGCUAUUCCACGAAGCACGAGCGUCUCGCGAUCGAGUGUUCGCGACCGGAAGCCCAGGCGAACUGCGUGCUGGGCCAAAAAUGGCGUUGCGAGAGGGAUGGCCACCGUUGGCGCAGACACAAGUGCAAAUACGCUGCACCGCCGCCCAGAGUGUCAAAGAAAUGCGCCUGCUUCACGCCGAACGGUGUGGUCUACACCAGAUUAGAAUCGAACGACUUCGAGGGGCAUCGAUAUGGCGUGGCCAGGGACAGGAGGCCAGACAUCUAUGCAGACGUGGCUAGAUACUUCGCUAGACGAGGCAAGCGAGACGUGUCGGACGAGGCCGGCAAAGAUGACGGACGAGAUACGAACGCGUAUGAGGACGACUAUAAUGACGAUGAACGGGACCGACGCGCGAUAGACGAGGAAGACGACGAAGAGUUCAUGGAGGAGUUAAAUCAACUGGCCAGAGACGUGAGAAGUGAAUACGCCAGCUUUCUCUCCAGGGACUGGCAUGAUAAUCGCACGUUUGGUAAGGACCGGCUUGAAUUCGAUAACCUGUUAGAGUACUCGAUGGACGACUUCGAUCCGAGCUUGGACAAGGUGGUGAAGGGUCGAUUGAACGUCGAGGACGUUGUCAGGAGGCACAGGAGGAUACGGAGGAGCGUGACGAAGAAGGAUACCGUUGAACACGUGACCAAGAUCAUGGAAAGCAUCGAGGAAGAACUGGACGACUUGAAGGCCACCCAAGCUCGUCAUUCGCAAACGCGGAAAACACUUCCGCCGAAGUGCUCGGUUCUCCCCCAGGGCGGAGUGAACUGUUCAGAAACAGUUUACCAAGACCCGAACGAAUGGCGUAUCUCCAGGCGAGAAAUCGAGCAACAGAUAAGAGAAAUGAGGAUGCAGCUGGAGACACUGAGAGAGAUACGCCGUCAUUUGAUGAUCAAGCGUCCUCAUUUCAUCCCGGAUCCGGAGGAAGCGAUGGAGGACGCCAAGGACGGGAGAUCGCAUCACAACGUAUCGAAGCCUCAUUCGAAUCGUCAUCACAAGAAACACGAUCAUGCUGUUCAACCUGUGACUACGACUGCCCGGACCACUUUGAAGCCGAGUCAAGUCACCGAGGACAAGACCACUACUACGGAAAUUACAGAGAAACCAAGAGUCAGCGUUACACUGACGGAGAGGACGGACAGUGAGACGAUUACCACGACAGAAUCGACUACGACGACGCAGUCGACGACGACCGUUAGAUCUAAGAAAUUUUCUCGUCGUCCGAAGAUUAAAGAGACGCUCGGAAAUCGAACGGAAGUUGAGGAGGACAAGCCGCUGAGACGAAGAAAGGUCCAUCACCAUCGUAGGAACAACACGCUGUUCACGAACAGCGUCCACGAUGAAGUGUCCACGGUCAAUGUUAGCGAAACCACGGAGACGACCGUGCCCACGCAAAGCACAACGACGACUCAAAGGAGUCAGGUGCAUCAAGCCAAGUACACCACUCUGCCAACUACUACGAUGAAGGAAACAACUCUUCAAAGAGAGACCACGAACACCUUGGGCACUACCAAUGAUUUUAAUAAAGAGACCACUAUAGAAAUGGACUCGCAAACUGGGUUAACUGGCUCGGAGCCUUCUAGUCACUCGGAGCCGAUAGAGCCGCAACGAACGAGCACUAUAAUCGCUAAAUCUACGACAGAUGAUCGAUCCAAAACUGCGUCGUUGCCGUCUACUAUGAUUACGACACCGAUGACGAACCCCGUCACGGUCGCUCCAGCGAGAAAGACACCGAAGAUCCACAAGAAUAGAACCACUGCCAAUCUUGGACCAUCUAGAAUAGAUGUUACUAUUUUGGAAUCACCUGACAGGAAGAACAGGCAAGAUUUACCGAGUAACCGACGAUUACCGCCGCUGCUGAACAAUCCUCUGGAAGCUCGGCACAAGUGUUACUGCGAGCCCGACUCAUUCGUGAAGAAGGACGAGAAAGAAAUCGCCCGCGAGGAGAGGAGAAGACUGAAAAAAGAACGCCUGAAGAAGAAGGAGAGGAAGCUACGAAAGAAGGCCAAGCUGGAAAAGGAAUGCCUAACCGAGAAAAUGAAUUGUUUCGAGCACGAUAACGAUCACUGGCGGACAGCUCCGUUGUGGAGUGCCGGCCCGUUCUGUUUCUGUACGAACGCCAACAAUAAUACCUACUCGUGCAUUCGCACCAUCAACGCGACGCAUAAUUUCCUUUAUUGCGAGUUCACCACCGGCUUGGUCACGUUUUACAAUUUGAGAAUUGAUCCAUUCGAGCAGUGGAACAGGAUAUCGUCACUAACAUCAACCGAACGAUCGUAUCUUCACGAUCAAUUGGAACACCUGAAGGGAUGCAAGGGGACGAGGGAUUGCACGGUUGGAAACGCGAAAGAGGCUCUUCCGCAGCCACAGCAACACCAGAGAUUGAUCUCGAAGAGAAAAUACGCGAACACGUUUGACGAUAUGUUUGUACCGUCAGCUUUGCAAAUUAUUCGUGAAAGUGAACUUGGUAGUCCACCUAAUAAGAGACGAAAAAAGUUGCAAAAUGUUUGGAACAGACGCAGCAGAAGCUGGCAGAGCAGUUGGAGGUAUCAUCAGGAUUCAGUGAACUUCCGGCGGCACAGACACCAGUACUGAUCGGUCCGUUUGUUUUUCUUUUAGGAUGCAUUGCCGGAGGGUGCGCGAUGCAUUUUGCCUUAGAUGUAUAUUAAUUAAUUUCGCGAUGCAUUUAAUAAUGUAAUUUAUUUAGUGAUAUUUAAUUGAACGGAAACGGAAACGUGAUAUAUAUAUAUAUAUAUAUAAUAUACAUAUAAAUAUUAUAUAUGUAUUUAAUUGACAAACGUUUUGAUUCCAUUAGACGAAGCUCACGGUUCGACGAGCACAGUGCAGAUCUUUUUAACGAUUAACGUUUUUCAACCGUGAAAUUAAUUACCGCGUGCAUCGUGCAAAGGGGUGUUUCGUUGGCGCACGCGACAAAAAAAAAGGGAAAUGAGAAUACGACCCGAUGACGAUCCUUUUUUUCUUUUUUACUUAAUAGGAAAUAUUUUUUAUAAUAAUUUAUUUACCCUCGUCUCUUUAGGUCUCUUUGUAUAACGAAGCGGAUAAUUUGUGUCGAUAAUCUUGCCGAAUAAGAUCUAGAGCAAUUUGAGAGUGCCGAUUAUCCGGAACUAGACGAUCAGAACUACUUUCUGUCUAGGUAGUAGAUUGCCCGAGGAAAAGAGAAAGAAUUCAAGUAAUCGUGUACCGCAAUUAGGGCAGUUCCAAUUUGGAUUUUUUUACUGUGGACUGAAACGCACAACGAAAUAAAUAACACAAUAACAAAAUUAUCCUACCAUGAAAACGAAAAGUUUUUCGCCUAAUCCCGCGUCAAACAACUGUUUACAACGUUCGUACAAUCGUGAACGGUUUAUUCCAUUACAGCUGCCAUAUAUUUAAAUUUAAUAUUGCCUUUAAGCAAUAUUGAAUAAAUGAUGAGUUGCUCUUGCGACGCAUCGUCAUAAAAUUGUCUUACGAUCAUUACUGUCACACUUUUACUGACAUCUUUGACCUUCAUUGUACAGACAGUAUAAGAAUAAAAAGCAGAAAGUAACUCCAGCCACUGUCUGAAUGUAUGCAACGCUAAGACUGUUUAUACUUCAAUAAAACUUUGUGCGCAAUCUCUUUUCUUAUUAGAAGCAGUAUGAAAACUCUUGUGAUUGCUACACCUAACAGUCUUUAUGAUAAAAAAUGAAAUGCUGAUGGAUCUAUACGCUGCACUGAAUUGGACGUAAUCGCUUAAUGAAUAAACGUUUUAGACAAUACUCGAACCUUUCCUAAUACAAAUUAUAUAUUAUUUAAAUGAAAUGGCUGCAUAAUUGUCUCCAUUAGCAUUUUAUUUUUUUACAAGUGUAUGUCUGUGUUACGUACUAGGUUUUCAGUUAGUAUUCUGAAGAUAUCUUCAAGAUUUUGAAACUAAAACAAUGUAUUUAAAUCAUGUGAAAUAAAUAAAUACUGUCCAAGUGAUCAUUU